AUGCUCGAUACUAUCGUACGUCAAUACGAUACAUCUUGGUGCUGUAAUGAAUAUUCAACUUUAUUCACAGGCAAUUACGAUCUACAAAUCAUCCUCGACGCAUUGAAACAACAAGGUUAUACACUACGUGCUAUCGACAUGAACGAAUCCAUAGAUGCGUUUGAUUUCAAAGAUUGCUUUGGUUUAUUGCUCAAUAUAACUCUCGACAGACCGUUCUUUGAUCGUUUACCAUUGGUAAGUUCAUGGACAAAACCUGGACGACACUGGUUGACGAUAAAAAGCGUCGAUGGUGAACAUUACUAUAAUCUCGAUUCGAAAUUAUCCCAGCCAAGAUUAAUUGGUAGUCAAACUGAUUUGAAAGACUAUUUGAACAAAUUAGAUCGAGCUCAAACGUAUAUGUAUAUGGUUAUCGAAGAAACUAUGGCAGAGAAAUUUUCCUCAGACUAA